AUGAGCAACGGCGAACCCUCGACUGCCAACGACGACAACAGGAUAAAGGUCCUCGUCACCGGAUGGCGCAAAGCAGGCAAAUCGGCCUGCAUCAAGACCGUGUUUCAGCACCUACCUGUCAAGGACGUGCCAUAUAUUGGCAUCACUCAAAAGAUCGAGAAGGUUGAUUAUGACACUAUCGUCCCGCUGCAGAUCUGGGACACGCCGGCAAACUUUGACCUCGACCAGCUCGACGUGCCCCUCUCUUCGUUCUCAACACUCGUGUAUGUCAUCGACAUGCAACAAGACGACUCUUACCACGAGGCCGUGAGGCAGGCAAUCACCAUGAUCCUACGCGGCUACCUCGCGAACCCUCAGAUGAAGUUCUCCGUGUUCAUCCACAAGGCUGAGGCGCUGUCCGAGGACUAUCGGGGCGAGAACUACUCGGAGAUUCAGAGAUCCAUGACCGAGGAGCUUGAGGACUACCACUACACCAGCCUACAGCAGUACGCUCCAAACAUCGACCUCGCCGAUCCGUCCGUGUGCAACAACAUCUUCAACCACAUGACCGCCGAGAUCAAGUUCGACAUGACGAGCGUGCAUGACGUGUCCCUCCGCGAUGGGUGGAGCAAGGUUAUCCAGGGCGUGAUGGAGAUGCUACCAGCCGUUGAAGCGCUCCUGCUCAACUUUACAGAAACAUCGGGGAUGGACAACUCGUACCUGUUUGACAUUGACUCGGUCGUUGUCCUAGCGACGGAUAACCGGCACCGCAAUGACGCGACGAUGGAGCAGGUGACCGAAUACCUCACCAAGAAACUGCGGACGCUGAACGCGCCUCCAGGGAAUGGCGCGAGCGACGAUGGCGCCUCGGGGACACCUCGGCGAGACUGGUGGGAAGAGGAGGACCCAGAGGUGCCGUGGAUGACGCAGGCGACGAGGCUCAUGCCCAAGAGCACCAUCGCUCUCUGGCAGUUCACUCCGCACCUAGCUCUUGUGGUGCUUCUGCACACGGACACUUGGCAGGCGCGUAGGGGCAUGAUCGAGUACAACUUGACUUUCUUGCGGCAGGGAGUGCGCCGGAUCCUGAUGGAGGUAUAG